UAUAGAGGCUGUUUUAAGAAUUUACGUAAAAAGCUCAAAAAAAUUUUAUUGAGGUAAAAAAUAGGAGACAAAAAAUGUCUUUCGUAAAAUGUUGUUUUGAUGCUGGCGAAGGUCAUGACAUUCUGGAAUCAUUUGUGCAAAAAUGUACCGAUCCUGGCUGUUGCUGUGGCUGUUGCUCCGCACUCCGGCCAAGAUACAAGCGUCUGGUUGACAAUAUAUUCCCCGCGUUGCCACAGGAUGGCCUCGUCAAGUCAAAUAUGGAGAAGCUUACGUUCUAUUCGCUCUCCAGUCCGGAGAAACUCGAUAGGAUCGGAGACUACCUCUUUCAAAAGGCUUCGAGGGAUAUUUAUCGGCGCAGACAUGGGUUCGUGAUAAUAGCCAUGGAGGCAAUGGACCAGCUGCUCUUAGCCUGUCACUCGCAGACGCUCAACCUCUUCGUGGAGAGCUUCCUUAAAAUGGUGCAGAAGUUGCUGGAGUCCACAGACCCUCAACUACAGAUACUUGCGACGCAGAGCUUUGUCCGUUUCGCGAACAUAGAAGAGGAUACGCCAUCUUACCACCGUCGGUAUGACUUCUUCGUGUCCAAGUUCUCUGCCAUGUGUCAUAGCAAUCACACAGACAGACCCACACGAGAUAGUAUACGACUCGCCGGGAUAAGGGGAUUGCAGGGGGUGAUAAGGAAGACUGUGUCUGACGAUCUGGUGGAGAAUAUUUGGGAGGCUCAGCACAUGGAUAAGAUUGUGCCAUCGUUGUUAUAUAAUAUGCAGGGCGCAGAGAAAUACGAGACGGUGUCGUGUCUAGAGGCAGAGACCGACACGAGGGAAGGGAUAGAGGAACCGCCCAAACUGGCCGAAGCCUGUCUCCGGGAAUUGGUCGGGAGAGCCUCCUACGGGCACAUCCGAUCAGUCCUGCGGCCCGUACUUACGCAUUUCGAUCGCCAUGAGCUCUGGUUGCCUUGCGACUUCGCCGUUCACAUCUUCAAGAUUAUCAUGUUCUCUAUUCAGGCGCAGUACUCGUACAGCGUGGUGGAGGCCUUAAUGCAGCACUUGGACGCCAGCGGAGGGGGGUCAGGCACGCGUGUCCGCGCCGCUCGAGCCACAGUACUCAGCAAUAUCGUAGCUAUCGCUGCAGGUGAUAGUGUUGGUCCGUCGGUGCUGGAAAUAAUCAACAACCUCCUGACGAAUCUCCGUGCAUCAGUCGCUCGAGAUUCCGAAUUGUCAUUCCAGAAAGAGUCAGACGAGCGUCUCUACCAAGAGGCGUUGAUCAACGCGUUGGGCGAGUUCGCGGACCACUUGCCCGACUUCCAGAAGAUAGAUAUCAUGAUGUUCAUCGUCAGCAAAAUUCCCAGUGGUCGAGGGAAGCCCACCAAGGCCGAUUGUAUGCUCCAAAGCAUUCUGCUCAAGUCCUUGCUCAAGGUGGGAACGACGUACAAGACGACGGAGCUGAGUAAAGCCUUCCCCGCGGCGUUCCUCGAGGCCCUGCUGCGCGUGUCGAGUACCAGCGAGGCUCGCACCAGGGCCUUGCUGCAGAGGAUCCUUCACACGCUGCUCGACAGACGGGCGAACGCCCCCCUGCUCAUUGCGCCCACGGUGGACUAUGAAAAACUAGGCCUGACAGUGGAAAAAUGCUCCCGACCUGACCUGAUCUUCAUCAGCAAACACGGCUACGCUAUCUUCAGCUCGCUGUAUGAAGGGCUGCAACUCGAAUCGAACACGGCCGAGAACAUAUCGGCGAUAUACACGACCCUGUCUCUGCUCGCCAUCGAGCUGGCCUCCGAGGAGACCGUCUGCGACAUGCUUCAGCUCAUUCUGGCCAUCCAACAGUCGGCGAUAUCGAACCCAGUCCUGUCUACGGCUCAGCAGUGCCAGCUCCACGCCGUCACCGUUGCGUUGGCGGCCUUAGUGCCGCACGUGCUUGCUCUGCCGCCGCUCGGGGAUUAUAUUAAACAGAUAAUAGAGGCUCGCCGCGAAGAAGCCGCCCACAUGCUGCCGCCUCUCUCCGACGACUACGACGUGUCGCCCAACAAAUCGCCCAACAAGUUGCCCUACCUGAUGAUCGAUCAGAUGGCGCUGGGCGAGUGCCUGAAGGCGAGCGGCAUCGAGCCCAGCCGCCUGCAGAGCGCCUCCCCUUACUCCGGCGGCACAACCCUCGGCCUCGCCCACCGGCACAGCUGGGUGGAAGCCGGAGCGACCCAGGGUAGGGACAGCCUGGCAGACAUAUCCGCCGGACCCGUCACCGAACUCGACAGCGCCAAUAGUUCUCCAGGAGUGCAGAGGCAUCCCACGCAGAGCGAGAACGUGAGCCUGGAGGCGCUGCGGCGGGCGGCGAGCGGACCCAGCGACGCGGAGAGGAGAGACGCCGAGAGGCGGAAGGUCUCCCUCAACAACACCUUCCGAACUGCGCCCUUCGACCAUCUGCUGCACAUCACGCAGCCCAAGUACGAGAUCCAAGACAAGCUGGAAGAGAUCUUCAACUCCAUCUCCGAGGAGCCUCUUCUGCCCAUCGGAGCCGGCUCUCCCGCGGGCAAGACUCAGAACCAGCCUUACACCAAGUAUUUGACGGAGCUCUUUCUCUACUGAGGUGAACAAUAGAGUUGGCAGUUUCAUACUUUAAGGCCGUAGUGGACUUUUCUCGCAGUGUUUCAGAAAUUAAUAAUAAUAAAGGCUACGCAAAAAAAAGAAUACACAUACAAACGUUCAUGGUUUCAAAGAUUUCAUAA